CAGAAAAUUGUUCUUGCUAAAUUUUCACGGCUUUAUUGUCCAGCGAAGAUAUUUUUACUAAACAUUUACCGUGAAUCUCCCACCCCGUGUUCCGACGAAUCUCGUGCAUCCCAUCCUCCCAGCUGGGUGAUAAACCUUUUUAUUGGUAAGAAAAAUAGGUGCUGGUACUGCAGCUGCACCUUGUACGCGAAGGUUUUAGACGACCCUUUCCCCCCCGCUUGGAGUGUGUGUUUGUGCGUGCUUUGAAUUGUUUGCGAGCCACUCUCCGUUCGUUAUGCAAAAAUCGAAGUAAUAUGCCAGGACAGUUUUGGAAAAACAGUGCAUAGAUACGAGUAAUUGUCGGUAAUCGAUACGCCACCAUGACCGACAGAAAAGCGGUCGUGUGUUAUGGGCUGGUGUACAUUCUGUGUACCCAGGUGCUGUCCACCAAUUCGCGCACCUCCACACUGUGGAAGCUAAACUCGGAGGAGGGUAAAAUUGUCAGUGUGUCCGGGGGUACGAACUGCAAAUUACAGAGUUCCAGUGCAAAGGCCACAGAAAACACGGCCUCCACUGGGGAAGGUGUGUUUGUGCCGCACAACGUGGAUGAGCUGCUGAAUCCGUACCAUCCCGAGGAGGACGAGGAGUCAACGUUUCACAUAAUCACUACCACCGCGGCUAACUAUCGCGAUAAUACAUGGAGGCGGCACGCCCGGGACAACAUUAUAGUGAAUCUAGCGAAAGCCGCUUCCGACAUUAGGUCGAACGCAAACAUUAAAGGAACCAGCGUCAGUGCGGAAUCGGACGUGCUCGAUUGCGGCAAACCGGUCAACUUCACCUACUACGAUGAUCUGAUCGGUGUUGCGCAACGCUACAGCCAUCCGAUCGUACCCGAGCCGGAGGUAGCGUAUUUGUUCUUGAAGAAAAAGGGUCCGAAAUCGUUGAAAAACUUCGACAUCGAUGCACUGGAAAGGCGCCUACGGAAGGCGAAAAGCGAAAAACCACGAUCAGUGCAGCUCUACAAUCAAAUUGGCAACUUUUGGCGAAUAAAGGGCGACGCACGCCAUUCGAUCGAAUGUUUCCGCGGUGCGCUCGCGAUGGCACCGUCGAACGCGGAGGUUUUGCUGAACCUUGCCCGGGUUCUAUUCAAUCUGCAGUAUUUGGAUGAUGCGAUACACCUAACCAGACGCUCCCUGGAAGUGCAGCCAAGGGAUCGAAGCGCAUGGCGGCAGUACUUUACACUGGGUGAAAUUUUUAAAGCCUACGGCCACUUUCAAGAAUCGGUUAACCAUUUGCGGCAGGCGUUGGAACUUUAUCCACAGUACGAACCCAUCAAGAAGGCAAUUGCGGAUGUGGAAAAUAUUUCUGCCUCGUCGUUACACAUAUUUACCAUCAUCAUCAUCAUUUUUCUGGUGAUGUGCGUGCUAUAUGUGAUUCUUUCGUCGAAUGAAAGCAACCAGAACAGCCACGAAUUGGAGCAGAAGGCGACCCGGCACUUUAACCGUGCCAUGGCGAUGCGCUCGUUAAAGGGCUUCACGCAGCGUUCGUUUAAAAAUCGAAAGUAAAAUAAUAAGCCGUAUUUUGGGGUUAUUGUUUAUUUUUUCGGCGCGCGCAAUCAAUUGAAUGCGUGCUCUCAAAUCUCUGUAUCAUGUAGCCGUGUUUACGUGUGUGUGUAUUGUGUGCGUGUGUAUAUUGCUCAUAGUGGAAUGUGUUCGGAAGGCAUUAGUGAAGGAGCGGAUGCUAGAAUUAAUAGUCUGUAAGAUGAGAUUCGUGAAAAUCUUCCGGUAUGCCACACACGCGCAUCGCAGAAAGAAGGGCAAAGAACACAUGUAGGGUGGGAAUGAUAGGAGCAAUGGUUCUAGCAAAACACUUAGCGAUCAUCGUACGCAAUGUAAAGCCGCUCUCAACAUAAACAAAAAUCGGCUUCAUAAUAAUGCACUUACCGCGCAUAAAGAAAAAAGAAGCAAUUUAACAGCAACGUUACAGAAUGGGGAUGCAUAUAGGAAGCUAAAACACAGCUACACUAUCACUAAUUACUAUUGAAAUCCUACUAUUAUACGUCAAAAAUCGAUGAGGUUACGGCAGGUCUGAUCUUGAGUUCACACGUGCUAUCAAUGUUUUUUUCGUUUAUUCUUUUCAUGAAUCGUGAACAUAACACAAGUCUCGUGGCGACCUUUUUUAUAUAAUUUUACACACACACACACAGCACACCACUUGCUUUGAGAUUAAUAUGUGAUCAUUAUUCUGUUUUGUGUUUUAUUCGAAUAAGAUGAAAUUUAUGUUCCACCAGGUUUUAGCGAGACAUUGAGUCUACAUUCGGUAUUAAAAUACUUCGCCAGUACAAGUACAACAAAUAGCACUCGCUUGAAAUUUUGUAUUUCGUUUCUGUUACAACUAACCAAGUAACGGGUGAGUCGUUUGUGCGCAGUUUCAAGAAAAUAAGAAACA